AUGUUAUCUAUCAAGUCAGAUGCUAACAUGUCUGAGGCUGAUUUCAAUACCAUGAUUACAGCAAUUAAAGAAGUUUUUCCUCCAGAUAAUACAAUGCCAACUGAUUAUUAUCAUCAUAGAAAAACUAUGAAUGAAUUGGGUUUGCCUGUGGUUAAAAUAGAUGCUUGCAAAAAUGGUUGUAUGUUGUAUUGGAAACAUGAUGCUACAACAGUCUCUUGCAAGUUUUGUGAUGAGCCGAGGUAUAAACAGAUCAAGGGUGGACGUCGGCUACUUAAUAAUCACACUCAUAAAAGGAUUGCACAAGCAAUACUAAGAUACUUGCCAUUAACUCCAAGACUACAAAGGUUGUAUGCUUCUAAUGCUGCAACAACGCAUAUGACUUGGCAUGCUACUCAUGAAAGAAACGAGGGAGUAAUGCAACAUCCAUCUGAUGUCGAGGCAUGGAAACAUUUUAAUAGAACUUUUCUUGAUUUUGCUGAGGAAACUCGUAAUAUUCGUUUGGGUUUUUGUGCCGACAGCUUUGCACCGCAUGGACAAUUUGGGAGGACUUAUUUAUGUUGGCCAGUGGUUGUGACUCCUUAUAAUCUUCCACCAGAAGAAAAGGGUGCAGUGUUUUUAUGUAACUUGGAAAAGAUUUUUCCACCGGCAUUUUUUGACUCUAUGGAGCAUCUUGUUGUUCAUUUGCCUUAUGAGGCUAGAAUUGGAGGCCCUGUUCAAUAUAGAUGGAUGUAUCCUUUUGAGAGGUUUCAUCAAGAACUUAAGAAAACUUUAAAGAAUAAAGCACAUGUUGAGGGUUCAAUCUGUCAAGCAUAUAUUGCACAAGAAAUCAACAUUUUCACAGAGCAUUACUUUGAACCUCACAUAGAAUAUAGGAGGAGGAGAUUGAGGCGAAAUGAUGAGGGUGUGGCUAAUGACAUUUUCCCACCUUUCUCCAUAUUCAAUUACAUUGGUCGAGCUCAGGAUCGUCCAAAGAUUAGUUGGCUAUUAGAAAAUGAGCUACAUGUAGCACAUACAUACAUAUUACGAAAUUGCCCGAAAGUACAACCAUAUUACAAGAUAUUUGUGAACUAUCUGCAAGGUAACCCCACUGAUGCUAUCGAUAAGGCGAUUGACAAGCAUUUUGCAAAGUGGUUUGAAAGUUUUGUUGCAAAUGAGAUCAAUCAAGUCACGGUUCCUCUUUUGCAAAGCUUGGCUUGGGGUCCAUCUAAGAAAGCAACAACAUGGCCAGGAUAUUUUAUUAAUGGUUAUAACUUUCAUACUAUCACACAUGGCAUGGAGAAAGCCACCAUGAAUAGUGGUGUCUGUGUACAAGGGACCAAUGUUGAUGAUUCAUCUACUGAUUUCUAUGGUUUACUCGAAGAUAUAGUCCAACUUGAGUAUCAUGGUAGUAGAUGGAAUCAUGUCGUUCUUUUUGAGUGUACAUGGUUUGACCCAAUAAAUGGCACUAAGGUUCAUCCCAUAUAUAAGUUGGUCGAUAUUAAUCGUAAAAGGAUUUAUCCAAAGUAUGAUCCAUUUGUGUUGGCAUAACAAGCUAUUCAAGUGAACUACGUUGACUACCCAAGCACAAAAAGGGAUAAGGUUGAUUGGUUGGCUGUGUCCAACACUAAACCUAGGAGAAUGGUUGAGGCAACUUGGCCCGAAAAGGAUGGAUCUGCAUAUAAAUGGAGGAAAUUCAAUCCUUAACAGGCGUCAAUGUUAUGGAAGAAAUUACUCAUUUGUUUGACCCACAAGGCAUACAACUUGUUGUUACUUAUCUGAUAUGUUACAACCCAUAUCAGAGGGUGAGAGCGAGGAGGAUGAUGAAGAUGAAUUGACAAAUGAUGACGAAAAUGAACAAUCUG